AGGUCUGGCGGGUAAGUGGACGCGAGAAGGCCGGCAUUGGGCGCUCGCGGCUGACUGAGGGCUGGGGACGCGGCCCUCCGACCCCUGCGCGGGAGGCAGCGGGCCCGAGCCCCCGGCCGAGCCGGAGCUUUGAGAAAUGGCUCCCCCGGGUGCGGUCCCCAGCGCGAGGACCCGCCGGGCGGCCCGAGCAGGGAGGCCGGGUGACGGGGAGGGCGAGCCCCCGGCGGCUGCCUGCGUGUCUUAGCUGUGUCGGACCCCAGUUUUUGUCAAGGGGGACCUCAAAAAACAUUAAAACUAAGAAAAAUAAUUAGAAAUGGCUGUGGAGGAACUUCAGUCCGUAAUAAAGAGAUGUCAAAUCCUAGACGAGAAUGACUUUAAAGAAGAACAUUUUGGCCUGUUUCAGUUAGCAGGGCAAAGAUGUAUAGAAGAAGGGCACACAGAACAGCUAUUAGACAUUAUUCAAAAUGAAAAGAAUAAGGUUGUCAUCAGGUCCAUGGGCUGGAAUCUUGUUGGUCCUGUUGUUCGAUGCCUUUUAUGGAAUGAUAAGAAUGAUAAAAGAAAAGAUUAUCUUCUGAUGCUUGAUUUAUUGGUAAAGUUAUGUAAUCCAAAGGAAUUAUUGUUGGGUUUGCUUGAACUGAUUGAAGAGCCCUCUGGAAAACAGAUACCCCAAAUUAUUCUUCUUUUACUUCAACCGUUACAAACAGUGAUUCAGAAACUUCAUAACAACAAGGCCUAUUCAGUUGGAUUGGCAUUGUCUGCUCUUUGGAGUCAAGUAUCUCUUCUUCCUGUUCCAUACUUGAAAGAACAAAUACAAACAGAUGACUACGGCCUUUAUAAAUGUUGCAAGGCCUUAAUAGAGUUCACAAAACCUUUUGUGGAAGAAGUCAUUGAUGAUAAAGAAAACAAGGAAAAUGAAAAAUUAAAAGAUGAACUAUUGAAAUUUUGUUUCAAAAGCUUGAAAUGCCCUUUGCUGACAGCACAAUUCCUUGAACAGUCUGAAGAAGCUGGAAAUGAUCCUUUAAGGUGUUUUGCAUCUGAAAUAAUAGGUUUUUUAUCAGCAAUUGGACACCCUUUCCCCCAAAUUAUUUUUAAUCAUGGAAAGAGAAAGAAAACUUGGGAUUACCUUGAAUUUGAGGAAGAAGAAGACAAACAAUUAGCAGACUCUGUGGCUUCUCUGGCAUAUCUAGUAUUUGUUCAGGGCAUCAGUAUUGAUCAACUUCCAAUGGUGUUAAGCCCAUCAUAUAUUUUGCAGUAUAAUAUGGGGCAUAUUGAAGUUUUUUUGCAAAGAACAGAAGAGUCUGUUUUCUCUAAAGGAUUGGAACUGCUGGAGAAUGGUUUGUUGAGAAUAGAAGACAAUAGCCUACUUUACCAGUACUUGGAAAUAAAGAGUUUUCUUACUGUACCUCAGGGUUUAGUCAAAGUAAUGACACUUUGCCCUAUUGAGACACUGAGGAAAAAGGGCUUAGCUAUGCUUCAGCUGUAUAUUAACAAGUUGGAUUCCCAAGGCAAAUAUACAUUAUUUAGGUGCUUAUUGAAUACAAGUAAUCACUCAGGUGUGGAGGCCUUUAUUAUUCAAAAUAUCAAAAAUCAAAUUCACCUGUCAUUUAAGAAAACGUAUAACAAAUGGUUUACAGGACCACAACUGAUUUCUCUUUUAGAUUUGGUUCUUUUUCUCCCAGAGGGUGCUGAAACAGAUUUACUGCAAAACUCAGAUAGGAUUAUGGCUUCAUUAAAUCUAUUGAGGUAUUUAGUUAUCAAAGAUAAUGAAAAUGACAAUCAGACUGGAUUAUGGACAGAACUUGGAAAGAUUGAGAGUAAUUUUUUGAAGCCACUUCAUACAGGACUUAAUAUGUCAAAGGCACAUUAUGAAGCAGAAAUUAAAAACAGCCAAGAAAAUAGCCAAGCAGUCCAGAAGUCUAAGGAUCUCUGUUCUGUAACUGUAGGUGGAGAAGAGAUCCCUAAUAUGCCUCCUGAAAUGCAGCUUAAGGUCCUGCAUUCAGCUCUUUUCACAUUUGAUUUGAUUGAAAGUGUUCUGGCUCGAGUAGAAGAACUCAUUGAAAUAAAAACAAAGUUUACCUCUGAAGAGGAUAUUGGGAUGAAGAUAAAUCUUCAGGAACAGAGUCCCGUCACCACCUCUCCAGCAAUUACAAUGUGAAAGCACCUGCAAAGAUUAACUUUAGGAUACUAACUGCCCUUGUGGAAAACCUAAAACAAAUACACUGAACUUUUUUUUUUGUAGUCCAAGAAACUGAUUAGAAAAUUCUGUAUUUGUAUUUCUUACUAGAUAUCUGAACAUCCACCUUAAUUUGUAUUGUUAAGAAACUGCAUGGGUUUUAUAUGCAUGUACAAUAAUUUUCUCUUG